AGAACGGUAAAGUAAAAAACCAAAAAGAAAGGCAAAAAGGGAAAGGGCCUCUUGCUUCUGCAUUUAGGAUUCUGCAGAGGGAGGAGGGUGGUCGCGCUGGAAGGUGUAAGGUGGAGGAUGUUGGCGUUACCAUGCAUAGCCCCCGCCACUCUUAACCUCACUCGCAGGCCUUUCAGAGCCACUGCUUCACUUCGGUCGACCUCUCAACUCUCCCCCCUUCCUCCUCCUCAUCCUCUUCCAUUUGUUCCAGAGGUUGUGGAAGCCGUGGAUGCUUUGUAUUCAGAAUUCAGAGCUGUGGAUAGUCUGGUGGCAUGCAAUACUGCCCGUGUUCUCAAAAGUUUCCAGAAUGCUCGGGUUGGAUCUCAUCACUUUGCUGGAUGCACUGGCUAUGGUCAUGAUGAACCCGGGGGACGCGAAGCACUUGAUCAAGCUUUUGCAGAAAUUUUUGGUGCUGAAUCUGCAAUAGUCCGUUCACAGUUUUUCUCUGGUACUCAUGCUAUUACUUGUGCCUUAUUUGCUUUAUUGAGGCCAGGGGAUGAGCUGUUAGCCGUUGCCGGUGCUCCUUAUGACACCUUAGAGGAAGUUAUCGGGAUUAGAGACUCAAUUGGGCUGGGUUCCUUGAAAGAUUUUGGAGUGAAAUAUCGAGAAGUUCCACUUGGCAAAGAUGGUGGACUUGAUUGGCAUGCACUUAUCAGUGCUUUGAAGCCUCAAACAAGAUGUGCUUUCAUACAAAGGUCAUGUGGCUAUUCAUGGCGUCAUAGUUUAAGUGUACAUGAGAUAGGAAAGGCAAUUGAGAUGAUCAAGAUGCAGAAUCCAAACUGCUUAGUCAUGGUGGAUAAUUGCUAUGGUGAAUUUGUGGAAACAAUGGAACCUCCAAUGGUGGGUGCAGAUUUAAUAGCAGGCAGUUUGAUAAAAAAUCCUGGUGGAACCAUUGCACCAUGUGGUGGAUAUGUUGCAGGGAAGGAGAAAUGGGUAAAAGCUGCAGCGGCUCGUCUUUCUGCACCAGGGCUUGGAAUAGAUUGCGGCUCAACCCCUGGUGAUAUUAUGCGAGCUUUUUUCCAGGGUUUAUUCCUUUCACCUCAAAUGGUUGGGGAGGCAGUCAAGGGAGGCCUUUUGAUCGCUGAAGUCAUGGCAUCAAAAGGGUAUACGGUGCAGCCACUUCCUCGAGUACUUCGUUAUGAUACUGUGCAGGCAGUGCAGCUUGGAAGUUGUGAGCGACUCAUUGCUUUCUGUGAGGCUGUACAGAGAUGUUCUCCAGUAGGUUCUUUCACCAAACCAGUUGCUGGUUCAACUCCUGGAUAUGCAUCAGAGGUGAUUUUUGCCGAUGGAACAUUCAUUGAUGGGAGUACGAGUGAGCUCUCAUGCGAUGGUCCACUUAGGAAGCCAUUUUGCGUGUUCUGCCAGGGCGGGACCCAUUGGACUCAGUGGGGACUUGUUUUAGGAGAGGUCUUGAAGUCAAUAUAGUCAGAAACUAAUUAACAGUAACAAGGAACUAGGUGUUGCAUCGUUGUUCUUCUGAUAGCAUCAUUGUUCUUUACCAGUCUCCCUGGAGUUUCAGUUGAGCUGCCGAGUUGAGAAGCAUUUGUGUAAAAUUGCCCAUUGAUGUUUAGGUGGCAGCAAUGCAAUUAAAAUUUGAUCUUAGGGUAAUGACAGGUCUGAUUAGGGAUUACUAU